GCAAUGGCGUCCUCCACACACCCGGUCAAGCGUCUUGGUGCUUCUGCGCUCGUCGGCCAAUCCAAGGAACUUGUCUUGAACGUAUUUGAGUAUUUUAAUAAGGAUGCAUGUGAGUCCGUCCAAGAUGCGGCUAAGAAAACCUCCGAGGCAACGCAGGUUUCGGAGACGGUGAUUCUGAAGUUAAGAGCUCAAGCCAAGAGGAGACUCCGUGGCAGAAUCCAGCCCCGGUCUUGCCCCCAGAGACGUGCUCCCAAACGCACGACGAUCGGCGACGUGGACAAGGAUGCUUUGCGAAGGGCAAUCCUUGCCAUAUAUGAAAGGGGAGACAUGCCAACGCUCACUUCGCUUAUGGAAACGGUGAAGGAACCGCCCCUGAACUUCAAAGGAAGUAGAUCGAGUCUGUGGCGAUUGAUGCAACACAUGGGGUUUAGGUAUAAGAAAUUUUACAAGAACUGUGCUAUGCUGGUGGAACGGCCAACCGUCGUAGCUGCCAGAAGCAAAUUCAUAAGGGAGCUGAGGACCAACCGAAGCAGCGAAAGCCCCAGGCCAGAAAUUUACCUUGAUGAGACCUGGAUUAAUCAGAAUAUGAACGCUGACCAGGACUGGACCAACAAGGAAGGAAUAGUGGGAGCUCGCACGAGAUGCUUGAGGGGUGGGACGUACAUAAUUAUCCACGCAGGGAGUUCUGAAGGCUUUGUAAAGGGUGCUAUGUUCGUGUUCAAAUCCAAGAUGGGAAGGAGGGGGGAUUACAGCGAUACGAUGGACAGUCAAGCAUUCAAGAGAUGGUUUCAGUGGCAGCUGCUGCCGAACAUCCCACCCAGAUCACUCAUCAUUAUGGACAACGCUCCGUAUCACAACAUGGAGCACAAUAAAACCCCUUCAGUCAAAUCGGGAAAAGAGGAAAUCGUUAAGUGGCUAACUGAUAACUCCAUUCCCCACGAUUCGUCUCACACCAAAGCUGAACUUUUCCAGCUGGUAAAGCUGCACAAGGAAGAUAAGCAUCGCUAUGUGGCUGACGAACUCGCUGCUGCUGCUGGACACAAGGUUCUCCGAAUCCCCCAGUAUCAUAGCGAGUUUAAUCCCAUUGAAUCGGUUUGGGUUCAGAUCAAAGACGAAGUCAAGAAGGAUUCGGAGAAGUGGCAAUAUUUCAACAAACUUGGACUCCUUAUAUUGCAGGCCAUUACUCAUGUAACUCCUGAAGACUGGAAGAAAUACGUACAACAAACGCAGGAGCUUCAAGACGAAUACAGCAAAAAAGACCAUGCCUUUGAACACAUGUACGAGACAUUUUCUAAUGAGGUGACUGAUUCGGACUCCAGUAGCGAUGAAACCGAUGAUGCCGAAUAUUGAAAUAAAGAUCCCCAGUU